UUGAUCAAAAACAAUGGCUCUACAAGAAUGGAUGGAAGAUCCAAAAUUCUUCUUAUUGCCUUCCCUUUUAAUUCUUUCCCUUCUCUUUCUAUUCAAGCUCAACAAGAAGAAGAAGAUAGAAAAAGAAGAACCACCUAGUCUACCACCUUCCCCCCCAAAGCUUCCUAUUAUUGGAAACCUUCAUCAGCUAGGAACCCUCCCCCCUCGCUCUCUUGCUGCCUUCUCUCACAAAUAUGGUCCUCUCAUGCUCUUUCACUUUGGUAGUGUCCCAACUUUGGUGGUUUCUUCUCCAGAGAUGGCUACAGAGAUCACAAAAACCCAUGAUAUUGUGUUUGCAAAUAGGUCUACUUCACCUGUGACAAAAAAGCUCGUCUAUGGUUGCACAGAUAUCAGUUUUUCACCCUAUGGUGAGUAUUGGAGGCAGUUGCGGAAGCUCUGCGUGAUAGAGCUAUUCAGUUCCAAGAGAGUUCGCUCAUUCAAGUUUGUUAGGGAGGAGGAAGUUGCUGUUCUGAUUGAGAAGAUAUCAGUACUGAGUCAAGGCGGCGUGAUUCCAGUUAAUAUAAGCGAUUUGCUGCCCAUUUUCUCAAGCAAUGUAAUCUGCCGAGUUGCAGCGGGUACAAAGUAUACUAAUCCUAAGCUUAGUCAUAUAGCAAGGGAGGUAGAGAUCCUCCUUGGGGCUUUCAGUGUGAGAGAAUACUUCCCUUUGUUGGGUUGGAUUGAUACACUCACUGGCUUAGAUAAGAGGGUCAACAAAAUAUUCCAAGAGAUGGACUCAGUUUUUGAUGCAGUAAUUCAAGAUCAUCUUAAUUCCCAUAAAGAGGAUGGCCAAGAAAAUGAAAAAGAUGUUGUGGAUCUCUUGCUUGAAGCUCAAAAAGAUUCAUCACUUGGUGUUUCUCUUACUCUAGACAAUAUCAAAGCAAUCAUCAUGGACAUGUUCAUAGCUGGAACUGAUACAUCAGCAAUUAUUGUGGAAUGGGCAAUAGUGGAGCUUGUCCGAAAUCCUAGUAUAAUGAAAAAAGCUCAAGAAGAAAUAAGAAGUGUUGUGGGAAGUAAAUCCAAGAUUGAAGAAGAUGAUAUUCCUCAAAUGGAUUAUUUGAAGUGUAUUAUUAAGGAGAUUAUGAGACUACAUCCUCCUGUGCCUUUGUUGCUACCAAGAGAAUCAAGUGCAGGUGUUCAUAUAAAAGGUUAUUACAUCCCUCCUAAAACAAGAGUUAUUAUCAAUGCAUGGGCAAUCCAAAUGGAUCCCAAAGUAUGGGAUAAUCCAGAGGAGUUUAUUCCAGAAAGAUUUAUAAACAAUCCAAUAGAUCUUCAAGGCCAGGAUUUUAAAUUCCUUCCUUUUGGUGCUGGGAGAAGGGUUUGCCCUGGAAUUUGGUUUGGUUUGGCUUCUUCUGAACUGGUUCUUGCUAAUCUUUUGUACUGGUUUGACUGGGAAUGUCCUGGAGGUGAAAAGGACAUAGACAUGACAGAAGUAUUUGGACUCGUAGUUCACAAAAAGACUCCUGUCCAUCUUCUUCCCAAAAAUCAUUUCUCUUAAGAAAAUAAGUUUCUUUAUAGUAGUGUUCCUAUUGCAGAAGUGAAUAAUAUUAUGUCCUUUUCUGUCAACAUUUUAUGAUCUAAAACCCAACUUCUGUUCUUCCUCCUUUUUAAUCCUAAUGGAUUGAUGUUGUGAUUUAAGAAAUUGGAUUGGAAGUUUAAGUUAUUAAGUUAUAUCCUUUCUUUA